CAGUCUAGGCUGCUCGCCGCUGUCGCUCCCGGGCCGCGGGAUGACACCGCCUCCGCCCCGAUGCGCCGCCCUCGGCGCCCCGCGCGCCCGCGUCCCCGGUCCGCUAGCUCGGUCCGGGUUCCCGCUGCGGCUGCUGCUGCUGCUGGUCUGGACGGCCGCCACCACCCAAGGCCACCCGAGGAGCGGACCCCGCAUCUCGGCUGUCUGGAAAGGCCGCGCAGGGCAGGACCGGGUGGACUUUGGCUCAGCCGAGCCUCACACGGUGCUUUUCCAUGAGCCAGGCAGCUCUUCCGUGUGGGUGGGUGGACGCGGCAAGGUCUAUCUCUUCGACUUCCCUGAGGGCAAGAACGCCUCGGUACACACGGUGAACAUUGGCUCCACGAAGGGGUCCUGCUUGGACAAGUUGGACUGUGAGAACUACAUCACGCUCCUGGAGAGGCAGGGCGAGGGGCUGCUGGUCUGUGGCACCAAUGCCCGGCGCCCCAGCUGCUGGAACCUGGUGAACGGCACCGUGGAGUCGCUUGGUGAGAGGAGAGGCUAUGCCCCCUUCAGUCCAGAUGAGAACUCCCUGGUUCUAUUUGAUGGGGACGAGGUGUACUCCACAAUCCGGAAGCAGGAAUACAAUGGGAAGAUCCCUCGGUUCCGUCGCAUCCAGGGCGAGAUCGAGCUGUACACCAGUGAUACUGUCAUGCAGAACCCGCAGUUCAUCAAGGCUACCAUCGUGCACCAAGACCAAGCCUACGAUGACAAGAUCUACUACUUCUUUCGAGAGGAUAACCCUGACAAGAAUCCCGAGGCCCCUCUCAACGUGUCCCGCGUGGCCCAGCUGUGCAGGGGGGACCAGGGUGGUGAGAGCUCAUUGUCGGUCUCCAAGUGGAACACUUUCCUGAAAGCCAUGCUGGUGUGCAGUGACACCGCCACCAACAGAAACUUCAACAGGCUACAGGACGUCUUCCUGCUCCCUGAUCCUAAUGGCCAGUGGAGGGAUACCAGGGUCUAUGGUGUUUUCUCCAACCCCUGGAACUACUCGGCUGUUUGUGUGUAUUCCCUUGGUGACAUUGACAAGGUCUUCCGCACUUCCUCGCUCAAGGGCUACCACACGGGCCUUCCCAACCCUCGGCCUGGCAAGUGCCUCCCAGACCGGCAGCCGAUACCCACAGAGACCUUCCAGGUGGCCGACAGUCACCCUGAGGUGGCGCAGAGGGUGGAGCCCAUGGGGCCUCUGAAGACACCAUUGUUCCACUCUAAGUACCACUACCAGAAAGUGGUCGUCCACCGCAUGCACGCCAGCCGUGGGGAGACCUUCCGCGUGCUUUACCUAACCACAGACAGGGGCACCAUCCACAAGGUGGUGGAGUCAGGGGAGCGGGAACGUAGCCUCGUCUUCAACAUUGUGGAGAUCCAGCCCUUCCGCCACGCAGCUGCCAUCCAGGCCAUGUCACUGGACGCUGACCGGCGGAAGCUGUAUGUGAGCUCCCAGUGGGAGGUGAGCCAGGUGCCUCUCGACCUAUGUGAGGUCUAUGGUGGUGGCUGCCACGGCUGCCUCAUGGCCCGAGACCCCUACUGCGGCUGGGACCAGGGCCGCUGUGUUUCCAUCUACAGCUCCCAAGAGCCGGUGCUGCAGUCCAUUAAUCCAGCUGAGCCACACAAAGAGUGCCCCAACCCAAAGCCAGAUGAGGCCCCACUGCAGAAGGUUUCCCUGGCCCCGAACUCUCGCUACUACCUGAGCUGCCCCAUGGAGUCCCGCCAUGCCAUCUACUCAUGGCGCCAUGGGAAGAAUGUGGAGCAGAGCUGUGAGCCCGGCCACCAGAGCCCCAACUGCAUCCUGUUCAUUGAGAACCUCACAACCGACCAGUAUGGCCACUACCACUGCGAGGCCCAGGAGGGCUCCUUCUUCCACGAGGCUCAGCACUGGGAGCUGCUGCGUGAGGACGGUGCCACUGCUGAGCACCUGCUGGGCCACGCCCGCACCCUAGCGGCUUCCCUGUGGCUAGGUGCCCUGCCCAUGCUUGUUCUUGCCCUCUUUGUCCAUUAGGGCCUCAUGGGGCUGGGCAUGCUGCAGGCUUCUAGUGCCAAGGGCACUAGAAAAGUCUCACACCCAGAGCUGUCCGGGCCUGGGAGCUCCUUAGCCACCACUUCUUCCAGGGGGACUGCAUAACCCGAUGGGUCACCAGGCCUGGAGAUGGCCAGCCGCGGGCGGCUGCUGGGCCUGGGUCGGGUAGGGGUGU